AUGAAAAUAGUCAUUCGUUGUUUCGGCGCACUCCUGUGUAUUGUUAUUGCGCCGUUUAGCCGAGACUCUGUGUUCUUGCUACUUAAAUUUAGGCCGUUAUGGAUGGGCGGGUUAGCUAGCGUUGCUAACGUCAGUAGAAUAUAAAUCUUUCAUUCAAAUCUCAGAAAUCCAAAUUUAAUCCUAUUGCUAAAUAAAAUCGUUUAGUUAGCUUGUGCGUGUGUAUGUUAAAGGUUGGUAACAGUUUUUAUCUCUGAAUCCAUCUAACAAAUCACAGUUAUCGGCGUCUCGCGUUGUUGCUAGUUAGCCGGGUCGUCAUUAGAGGUUCCUUAAGUGGGCUGUUUGUUUGCCAGUGACUGUAAAGAAAGCAGAGCAAGCAACAUUGACUUCCGUUAAAUUUCUUGGUUUGAUUAAGCCUCAUCGUAGCUGAACAGGAUGAUUGACGUUCGGGCAUGGGCAGAGUAUGUGGUGGAGUGGGCUGCCAAAGACCCCUACGGUUUCCUCACCACUGUCAUACUGGCUCUCACACCUCUCUUCAUUGCCAGUGCAUUGCUGUCCUGGAAACUGGCCAAGAUGAUCGAGGCACGUGAUCGAGAACAGAAGAAAAAGCAGAAACGCCAGGAAAACAUAGCCAAGGCCAAGAGGACCAAGAAAGACUGAGUCUGCAAGGAAGAAUGAGGGCAUAAGAACAGAGGAGCAACCACCAAGCCCACAGCCCUCCUUAUUCCAAAUAAUGACACAGUGCCCUUCCUCAUCCCAGCCCUACUGUCAGCACAGGGCCACUACACCUCAUGUUGGGGGGGUAGGAGUAGGAGCACUGGACUCACAGGCCUAACAGUGCUGAGACGGACAGUACUGCCUGGAGGAGGCUCGUCCCAGUGGGACUUUGGUCAGCAAGAGCAUGGUGGUCAUCUGUAUGAUGUUUUUAUACAGAUAUCUGCUGAUAAUAUUGUGCCGCUGUUGCAGCACCUUGUAUUCCAUUGUUAGCAUCCAUGUAGUAAUGAGCAUACUGGAACCUUUUUCAAAUCACCUGCAAAAUAUCCAAAAUACUGAUUUCUAAUCAAUAAAGUUUUCACGAUUGAUACAGAAAAUUGAA